AGGCGCGCUGGUCCCAGAUAAUGUCAUCGUCGACCUGGUAGUUGCAGAGCUCGCGUCCAAAGGUCACGUGCCUCGCCUCCUCCUCGACGGUUUCCCACGCACUAUUCCUCAAGCCCUGGCUCUCGAACCUCAUGUUAGCAUAGAUGUAGUCAUUGACCUUGACAUACCGGACCAGACGAUCAUAGAACGCAUAUCGAAUCGGUGGAUUCACGCCGCGUCUGGUCGCACAUAUGCCUACGACUAUAACCCUCCAAAGCAGAAAGGCGUCGAUGACGUGACAGGCGAGCCCCUUGUUCAGAGGGAAGACGACAAGGAAGAGACGGUUAAGGCUCGUCUGGAACAGUACAAGCAAAUAACAACGCCGUUGGUUGAUCAUUAUCGCUACCAGGGCACCCUGGCGACGUUCUCAGGGACCGAGUCGGACGUGAUUUACCCCUACGUCAAGGCGCAUUUGGAUGCAUUUUUGGCUGGACGUAGCCAGGAAUGAGGUCGAAGUGGGUGGCAGACAAUAGUGCGCUUAUAGCGUAAAGGUGCUUGCGGCUACUAGUUCGAAAAAGGGGAGACGGGCAAAGUAAGUUUUUUUAUUGGGCGAUCCUGUGAAGACAAAUUUGGCUACAGGGAAAAAGGGAUUACUU